AUGAAACAGGUUCUGCUCGGGGUCCAAUACUCAGACAAAUACAGGGCGGACAGAACCUGGAGGAGGCAAGAGAGCCCGGUUCCUGCUCCCUGCAUGCCGGCGUCAGGACUGGAGUCUGGCAGUCUGAGCGCAGGCUGGGGCAAGCCUCUAAAAUCACUGGACUGGAACCGACAGCAAGCGCAGCAGAUCAUCAUUAUCAUCAUCAUCUCUGGACCCGUUCUCCCAGCAGAGAAAGCCGUGAUUAUUCGUACCAUAGAAGCUGACAGAGACUCUGAUCUACAAGGCCGACCCAAGGUUGUAAGAGGCCCCAACCAACCCGGUCCGGGUAACACCCGGGUCGGGGGGACCUUAGAGCUGACAUGCAUGCUUUGGGGGAGAAGCUGUGAUCAGGUGUACUCUCCAAUGCCAGGUACCGGGAUGGGUUCUGGUCUGGGAAUGACGUCCAUGUCUGGCUACAUGUCGAGCAGCGGGACUACAUCGGGCUCCUUCAACAUGUCCUACAGCGGUACGGGUCUCAGUCCCUCCCCUGUAGGAGGGAUGGGGGGCUCUGCUCCGGCGCCCAUGUCCGGCCUCGGAGGGGGGAUGGCCUCCAUGGGCGGGGCUCUGAGCCCGUCCAGCAUGAACUCGGUUUCGGCCCAGCAGGCUUCUUUGGGUCUGAACCCAUACGGGGGCAUGAGUCCAAACCUGGGCUCCGGCAUGGCGUACGGCGGCGGCGGACUGAACCGAAGCCGAGACAACAAGACGUUCAGACGGAGCUACCCGCACGCUAAGCCCCCCUACUCCUACAUCUCACUCAUCACCAUGGCGAUCCAGCAAGCGCCCAGUAAGAUGCUGACGCUGAGUGAGAUCUACCAGUGGAUCAUGGACCUGUUCCCGUACUACCGACAGAACCAGCAGCGCUGGCAGAACUCCAUCCGCCACUCGCUGUCCUUCAAUGACUGCUUCGUCAAGGUCUCCCGCUCGCCUGACAAACCGGGCAAAGGUUCCUACUGGACCCUGCACCCAGACUCUGGGAACAUGUUUGAGAACGGCUGCUACCUGCGGCGCCAGAAGAGGUUUAAGUGUGAGAAGAAAAGUCCCGGGAAAGCGGAUGGGAGGAAGGAGCACAUGGGGGCAGGCGGGGGCCGGUGCACCUCUCCCGCUGAAAACUCCUCCAAAGCUGCCGGACUUCUGGACUCCUCUGGACCCUCCUCCAGCCAGACGGUCUCCCCCGCCGGCUUGGACCUGAGGGACGGAGUUGGUGGGGUGUCAGACCUGAAGGUCUCUGGUUCUCAUUUACUGUCAUCCCUGUCAUUGCCCCCCCACUCCAUGGGCCAUGAAACUGCUCUGCAUAUCAAAGGAGACCCCCACUACUCCUUUAACCACCCGUUUUCCAUCAACAACUUAAUGUCAUCCUCAGAGCAGCAGCACAAACUGGACCUGAAGGCCUACGAGGCGCUGCAGUACUCCUCCUACAAUGGUGGGGGGGCCUCUGGUCUUGGAGGGAGGACCAUGGAGCCUCUGGAGGCCUCGUACUACCAGGGGAUGUAUCCCAGACCGCUCCUGAACAGCUCCUCCUAGCUGCUGCAUGUACCCCCCUGUGUGGAGUUUGGACCUUCUGCAUGCAGCUGUGCUGGACCUCUGGUCUAAAGGGAGCUGAACUGAACUCCCUCACUGUGACCAAACACCCACGGCCCGGUUCAAACCGUCCCCAGCUCUGGCCUCCUUUGGUACUGAGCCAGAAUCAGAAAAAACAUCAAUGCAGGAUCUCGCCAGUCAGACUAUCAUCACCCCGUUAGAUGUCAGCAUUCUAAUGUCUUGGUUGUAAUUUGGGGAAAGCAAACCAAGGUGUUGAUGUUUGAUGGGGAUCUCUAGAUGAACGGAACUGUAGGUUUCUCCUUAGGAAAGGUUCUCUUUGUUUAACUCAAAGCCCCCCCCCAUGAUGAAACAGUGUAUUGUUGAUGGUGACAGAUGCAGAACCUCUGUGCAGCGGAGAAAACACGAUGUUAAAAACCCAGAGAUCUUGUGGUUAUAAUCGCCGAUCAAAUUCCAUCACUACACCAAAUGCAUAAUAUCCAAACAUGGAUUCCUGAUUUUGUUUUAGCGUUUCUGAGUUUAGUUCCAUCACAUCCGGUCCCACAGGUUCUUCAACGGUUCUGUCUAACAGCCUAACAUGCAGAAAGGUGGAAGCUCAGCUCCUGUUCAGCAGCAUGCUGGUGGUGCGUCAUCAUGCAAAGCUCCUUUUUAAGAACCUAAAGGGGAAGCUGCUGAGAAGCAUCUUUCUAAAGAUGCUCAGAAAUGUUUAGAGUCAGAUCCCCGACACAUCAGUGCUCCUCAUCCAGCCUGAGGCCAGAGGUCACCUGCAGAUGCUAAUGUGUCUAUUGUAGGGGUGUUUACACAGUGCACCCAAAACCAGGAUCAGAAACCAUAUUUCUCUGUAGAGCAUGAUGAGGAUUUAUUUCUCCCACGCCCCCCUUUCCAUCCCCAUUGACCUCCUGAGGGGUCAAGACUCUCAGCCUGAGAAACACAUGAAUAGGGUUUUAUUAAAGAGGUCAGUUUGUGUAAAAAUAGAAAGUUUGAAGGAUGAGGAGGAACAAUCGGGAACUGGACAGUGAGAAAUCCCGUCUUUGAUCAUCAGAUUGAGGCGAUAAUUCGUUUCUUCAUUAAUCUCAUUCCCAUGAAAGAAACGGAUCAGAACCGUUUAUCCUGGGAAAACACAGACAGUGUAAAUAUCUCCCUUUAGCCAAUGAAGGUCAUCUCUAGUUAGACAGCAGCCAUGUGUUUAAUAGAUGACAGGAUGUUUGUGUUUUUCUGCUUCAACUCCUUCUCAUUUAUUCAUCUCCAUGCCGUCAGCGCAGAAGCAAAGUCUCUGCUUCCAGGUCGGUUUUUAAUCAAAACAUUUUUUUUUUUGUCUCUGACCCAAAACUGGGAGACUAAUCCAACAUGGCCGUCUGUGCUCACGCUGCAUUUGUGGAGGCAGAACUUCCUCCCAGCCCAUCAGGUCCACUCAGUGUUUGCUGGUCUGACUGGUUUUGUCUGGUCCACUCUGACACUGGACCACAGAGCAGAGCCACAACCGGGUCUCAGUUAUCCUUCGGAGGCUUGAUGUGAAUGAAACUCCCAUCAGAGGAGACCAGACAGCCCGGUUCUGAGGUUCUGCUGCAGAGCUUUUUAUUUCAAACAGAACCGCCGCUCAGAUCUGAUGAUACCUUUGAUCCUGGGUCGAUGUUUUCUGAUUGCAUCACUUCCUGUUUGAGCCUAAAUGUUCCCAUGUGCAUGAGGGCCGUUCUCCUUUCCUUUAGGUUUGGUUUAUGACCCCCCCUCCCAGUUGUGCUUUUGGUCUUUGUUGGGUUUUGGACUCUGCAUGCU